GCCGCGGCUCGCAGGUCCCUGCCGCCUCCUGCCAGGAUUCUCCCGGGUCCGGCCCCCCUUCGCCCGCCUCGCAUUUGGGAUUAACUCGCCUAUGGAGAGAUGGUCUUAGCUGAAUUAUUUAAAGAUACUUAAGCACAGAUUUUUUCACCAGUAGCCAGACUGCUUUCUCAAUGGAGCCCCGGAUCCCCCACAACAUCACCGUCGUCCCCAACUCUGUGAUGGUCCAGCCCCUGCUGGACAGUCGGAUCCCCUAUGGGCGGCUGCAGCAUCCGCUCACCAUCCUGCCGAUCGACCAGAUGAAGACAACCCACAUCGAGAACGACUACACCGACAACCCCACCGCCUCCCACCUGGCAGCCCAAAAGCGUCCUCGAGGCCCCCAUGAACUGGUCUUGACCAACCAGCACCUGCAGCGCUGUGAGCAGGAUGUCACCCAUCCCUGGAUUUCGUUCAGUGGGCGCCCCAGCUCCAUCAGCAGCAGCAGCAGCACAUCCUCAGACCAAAGGCUCCUGGACCACAUGGCCCCAGUGCCUGUGGCAGAGCAGUCCUCCCCCCGAGCAGUUCGCAUUCAGCCCAAGGUGAUUAACUGCAAACCCCUGGACCUGAAGGGACCCGUGUCUCAGGAACUGGACAAGCACUUUCUGCUGUGCGAAGCCUGUGGGAAAUGCAAGUGCAAGGAGUGUGCGCUGCCCCGGACUCUGCCGUCGUGCUGGGUGUGCAACCAAGAGUGUCUCUGCUCGGCACAGAACCUGGUCAACUACUCCACCUGCAUGUGUCUCGUCAAGGGCGUCUUCUACCACUGCACCAACGAGGACGACGAGGGCACCUGCGCCGACCACCCCUGCUCCUGCUCCCACUCAAACUGCUGUGCCCGCUGGUCCUUCAUGAGCGCCCUGUCCCUGGUGCUCCCCUGCUUGCUCUGCUACCUGCCAGCCACCGGCUGCGUCAAGCUGUCCCAGAGAUGCUACGACCAAGUGAGCCGGCCCGGAUGCAGAUGCAAAAACACAAACAGUGUCAUUUGCAAGGCAUUGCCAGAGAGCAAAGGGCCAGAAAAGCCCUUUUGAUAGUUUGGGAGGACGGGGAGUGGGAGGAGGCUCCACGGAGCCAGGUGGUGUUGGUUUUUUUUAAUAACCUGUGUUCUGAGGAGAAUGUUAGCCUCUCACCUUUGGAGAAAGCAGAAGCAACUAUUUCCACGAACUGAAGCACUUUGGGUUAUUCAGGGUUUCUGGAACUGGUCACAAUUUAAAUAGAUGGGGCCAAAGGAGGAAUGUUAAUAAUGCAGAGUGAAGGCUGAAAACCUACGUACAUCAUGAAGUACAGCUGCUUAAAAUCUCCCAGUUUGGACGGACGGCUGCUCACGGUGCCUGUGCACCGCAGGAACCAUUAACUGCUCGCUUGGCAGGCACGGCCGCACAAGCAAUACCCGUUCCCAGCUGCAGAAAGCUGCUUUGGAUUCAUAUUCAGGGCGGGCUUCUUGUUUCCUCUUUCCUUCCAAACUCCCAACUUGCUACCAGCAGCCUGUUGAAGGUGACGGGGUAACUCCCUCCACCUUCCUUCCCCUCCUGCACACCACUGGAAGGGCUGGUUGCACACACAGUACGUGUUUCUCAAAAGGUUUCUGUGUCCCUCAAAGAUUUUUUGAACCAGAAGUGAAGAUACAUUUUGUUUGUCGAAAGGUCUUUUACCCUUUAGGCAUAUCCCACCCGGCCACGUUGAUUUGGACCCUCUCUUUAAAGCAAGAUGGUAGCAGUCCUGCUCCCUCCUGGGAGGAAUAGCAGCAGGAUGUGUUCAGGCAGUUGUAUCAACAUCAGGUCCUCCUGCCUGUAAGCUGAUCUAUAGCAUCAGGUUUCACUCAAUGGAAUAUGAAUUUUCCAUCAACUGUACAGACCCGCUCCAGGAGGAUGUUUGCCAAAUCCCAUUUCUCCGAGGUGUGCGCUCGUUUCCCCGAUGCUGGAGCAAAGGGAAUCUUAACUCACACCACAGAGCAAAGAUGGUCAGUGUUUGUUUCUCUAAAUCUCUUAAGCUCUGGUAAGAAAUCACAAAACCUGAAGUGUACAGUGCACAUAGGUGUAUUUUUCUAGGGAUUUCAAUCCAGUACCUCCUCUCCUGGAACAAGCUCUUCUUUGCUCAUUAAAUAUUAAGAUUUUUAUUUGGUUUUGUCUUAGGGAUGAAUGGCAUUUGCUUGAAGUACAGCCCAUUCCCCCAUCCCUAUUGCUGCUGUUGGACUUUUGCCUCCUCUGUACAAAAGUGUCUUUUUAAAUGUAAAGAAUGCUUUUAAUGUUUAUUUUAGUGUUAACACACCCUAGGGAAAGCCAGGGGAGGGAAGAGAGCAAAGUUAACAAAUGUGCCCAUGGUUUUCAGCAUACAAAUAUCAUUGGCUGUGUCCAUGCACUCAUCCUAGGGCUGGUUCUACCUUCUCUUAGGAUGCAGCAACCCCCUCCCAAGGAUACCAUAACCCCUCUCUCUUGACAACUACAAGGUGCUAAACAAAAAAUCUUUGUCCAAACAUGCAACACUCUAAUGAGUAGGUAGGUACUUGUUGCAUGCAGAAAACUGAUCUAGUCUCUUUUUGCGUUCUUAAUUAGAGGAGAUUUCCUCAGUAAAUGCACAGCAGUGACAGUGAAAUGUCAUCUCUAAUUAGAUAAGCAAUAGGCAGAGCUCAUGUAGCAUUUCCAGGAAUCCCGUUGGCUUGGUUGUGAUACAGCCACUGUGAGGGGUUGGCAGGAGUGCACUGAUGGGACUGGUGUCUUUGGUUUUCAGCUCACCUGGAUGACUUGGGGUUUAGUUAAGUUUAAUUGUAGAUAUUUAUUGAAGGGGAGAUUUGGAAAAAAAAAACAACAAACUUUCUAUAUUUAUAACAUUUGUUAGCUUGUACGUGAUAAAUCAUAGAAAAAGGGAUAUGAUGUCUGUUCCCAGAUAACAGUUCCUAUAAUUUAGCCUCAUGUUAGCUGUAUGGGGACACCAGGAAGCAGGUAGGGAUCCAGAGCUGUGUUUAUUAUCUUGCACAAAUUGGAGGGGAAAAGAUAACAGGAAAACCAACCCCAAACUAGCUGAACUGUUGGUUGAAUGUAUAAGGUAUUGUAUUUAAUAAGAGAAAUCAUUUUCCUAAGAUGCAAACAGACUAGAAAACACAGCAGAAGAGGUAUUUACCUGCUGCCCUCCUCUGUUGGGACCACACAUGUCCAAAUGGCCUCCACCCAAAGUUGUUUUGCUUUUUUGACCCUCUGUCCCUGGCUGUUCCUGGGGGAUUUGUGCUGAAAAUCUGCACUAGCAAAGCCCAUGGCUUGGCUGCAUGGUCCUUGUGAGCAAAGACAACGCUGGAGUGGUUGCCACUGUGCCAAUCUACACUCAUGUACAUACACCCAGCAAUCCCAGAUGGAUUUCCUUUCAUUGUACAUAGCUGUAAACUAUUUCUCUGUUGGUUUGUUUUAAUAUAUAAACCCUGUUAGCUGAUCCCAUGCUGGAAGGCUGUAAAGCGUUAGUGGAUGUGUUAGAGCAGUGGUCAAUGUAGCAGAGCAACCCUCCCUCUUCUCCUCAGCUCCUGGCACAGCCAUCAGACUCUGCUCCAUCAGCUCCCAGCCCAAGGGGUGGCAAGAAGGUGCUGAGCCCUGUAUGGAGCACUUGGAAAGGGGCAGGCUUGGCCACAACUGGGGCUCUGCCGGCAGCACUGGCGGAGGGUACAGAGGGUACAGCUCCUGUCAAUAAUGUCCUUAUUCCCCUCUCUUUCCCCACCCCAACGCCUCCAUUCCCCCAUCCCCUUUGAAGGUACUUGGGUCUCCUGCCACCCCUGAGAUGUCCUUUGGUCACGGUGCCCUUUCACCUCACCCCAGUGCGAGCACAGUGUGGCAGCUCUGCCACCCUCCCACGAGCUGGGUCCCCCCACUAACAGAGGGGCAGCUGCUAAUCAGCACAAACCUCGGGAGUGAUGUUGGCUCUCCAGCCACAUCACUGUGGUGGGGUGACCAUAAAGGCAAGAGUGGAGGUGAGGGCAGGUUUUCCCCGGGACAGGUGCUGUGGCACCACAGCACGGUGCUGGAGGAGGAGGGGGAUGGCAGGGCGCCUGCACUGCUAAUUACUGCAGCACUGCUAAUUGCUGCAGCAGGUUCAUGCCAGGGUUUGUCCUCUGCCCGCACACAACAGCCCAGAAAACAAGAAGGGGUGACCUGACGGUGCUGGCAAUGCCACACCACAGCCCCAGCUGGAGCUCAGCACCAGCAGAGCAGUUUCAACAGACAAAUACACCCUCACUGCACCCACUGGGCACUAGGAGCACUCACCAAAUUUGUGGCUCCCCAGGCACCAGCUUUGCCACCCAGAUGAGCCCUCACCCUUCCUCAGCACUGGGUAUUCCCUUCCCCUCCCAUGCUCAGACACGCUGAGAAAUGUUUCCCCCUUCUCCUCUUACCACCCCACCACAUGUACACCCUGAAACGUUACCACAGAAGGUUUUUCUUUGUAUAGAAUAUUUAUUUUGAAGCUCUAUUUUAAUAGUAUUUAUUUUAGAAAGUCUACUAUUGUAAGAGUUCUUCUGUUUGUGAAGAAAAACAAGUACUGAUGAAUGUACUGAUCUAGAAAUUAUAUAUAUAUAUA